AUGGCUAAUUGGGAUCGGUAUGGCAGACAGGGUGUCGAUCUCGCUCUCUCAGCAUCUUCCUUUGGUUUCUUCGCUGCAAAGUACAGCACUAGAUUAGGUUUCUCUGUAGCUCGCGGCAUAGCGACUACCGCAGUUGGGAUCACCACUACCGUCGUCGACAUUGCUUUCUUUGGUGGUGUUCCUCUCACUACUCAUGCUCUCGGAGGCGCUGUGCGCACCGUCAUCUCACUCGCUGAACAAAUCACGCUUGCUCCAAUCCAUCUAAGCGAAUACAUCACCACGACAUCUCUCAUCGCUGCACACAGCUCUAUCAACGUCCUCUCCGUUAUAUUUCCCGGAAGCAGCGACGCUUCAUUUUCAUUGGCGUCUUUCAUCGGCCUUGUGCGGCGGGAAUGGUCUGCAGGAGGAGACGACCUUCCAAAGAAACAGUAUGGAAUCACCCAAGUAGCUAGAGCUAUCGUGGCUUGGGUUGCGUUGCAAGGUGUCACACAAGAGUGGCAGGAGAAGAGGUGGUUCAAAUACCUGAAGGAAAUAGAUGUCAAGAAUGCACCAAGGUCGAUGGAUACCCUCCGUGCUCGCAGGGGAUCCCGGAUACGCGUCACUUCCGACAUUAUCUUUCCCGGACAAGGAGGCCCACAGAUCAUAGCGGCAGACAUCGGAGAGGCUCCCACUGGCACUCGCUCGCGUGCCCAAUCCAUACUCCUCUCAAGGACUAAAUCUCGCUCGUCCCUGAGGUCAGUUGCACACCUUCAUCUUGCGUCGAGUACAGACAUCGAACCACUACCACAAAUGUCUGAUUCCGAGCUGAAGACUACCCUGAGACGACUGUCGAAAAUGGUGUUGGCCGGAUAUGGGGGAGCGAGUUUGUUAUUUUUUGGCGUGUCGCCUACGGAUGCCUAUAAAGCAGCCACAUCAUCGAAUACAAGCGGUAAAAUGCCUUCACGGCGAUCCCCAGCACAAGCAGAGCCGACGUCAUUCUCGGAUAUGAUGGCGAAGGAGAAGACAGCCGAAGAAGCACAACUCACUCAUGCUAUUGACGCUUCAGAGGCAGAGGCUGCGGGAGACGUCCCUUUCACUUUUCCAGGGGUUCCCUCGUCUUCGACAGCAUCGGAGAGUUCGUCAGGUGUACCGAAGCCAUACUCUUGGUGGGACGUGUUGCUGGGCAAACACGAUCGCGAGAUUUUUGAGCUAUCUGCGGCUCACGAUCAUGGGGAUGAGAGCAAGCACCGAGCAGAGAUGAAGGAGACAGCAGAGAGAAAGAAGAAGGAGAUGAAAGAGAAGAUAAAGUCCACCGCUGUGUUUGGGAAUGAGCAUCUCAUGCCUAGAUUCUGGGUUCUAACAGAUUAUGGGAGAGAGCAGAUUGUGCUCGUUCUAAGAGGGACGAUGUCCCUCAACGAAAUAGCCGUGGAUCUAACUUGUGAAGCUGAAUCCUUCGAGCCAGCCCAAACUCCUCCAAUGACUGAAGAUGAUGAACACCCCAUCCCUGGACAAUUCACCUUCCCUUCCAUGCCCGAUAUUUCAGAAAGUAAGAGAAGGGAGAAGGUACAUCAUGUUCACGGAGGGAUGUUGAGGAUGGCGCGGCUGAUGGGAGACGUGGGGAAGCCGGUGCAGUUGGCUGUCUUAGAGGCACUGCAUAAUAACCCAGAGUUUGAGCUGGUUCUUUGUGGGCAUAGUUUGGGAGCUGGAGUGGCUGCGCUGCUCGGCAUGAUGUGGGCCGACCCCAAGACAUGUCUUACUGUGAGGUCGAGUGGACUCCCUGUUGGACGGAGGGUGUCCGUAUAUUGUUUUGCACCGCCAUCACUUACAGACGCCAGUCUCAGUCGUCUGGCCGAUAAACUAAUUGUUUCAUUCGUUUACUCACACGAUGUCGUCGCUAGGUUGUCACUUGGCUCUGUCAGGGAUUUGAAGAAUGCUGCUCUGUGGCUUUGUGAAGCCAAUGAAACGAAAGAGGCAGGGGACGGUUAUGUCGCUGUUACUACUCGAGCUAGGCAGUGGAAGGCUGGUCAAGGGACUGCUGAUGAUAUGGAUUGGUUCAUCGCAAUGCGCAAAACACUCGAAGCAAAUAUGCAGAAUGGGAAUAUGUACCCCCCGGGACGAGUCUUGUGGGCAAUGAGGGAUAGCGAUUUGCAUCCUUCUCAUCGGCUGGCGAAAAGCUUACGUCCCGAUAAACUGAGGUUAUUCGAAGUGCUGGAUGUGGAGCAGGUCUUUUCACAACUAGUGUUUGCGCGGGAUAUGUUGACUGCACACAUGCCUCAUCAAUAUGACAAGGUCUUGCAUGAUUUGCUGUAA